CAGGCUGCCUGGCACAGCUUGUAACAGAAGCCUGUAUGUAGCAAGGUUUCAGUAGACCAACAGAUUCUUGACAGUGUGCUCCGUUGUAAUGCUCUUCUUGCAAUUUCUGUUGUUGCUGCUGAAAAGAUGGCUGCUCCUUUAGACUGUUCUCGGCUGAUUCAGGAGCACCGGGAACGGCUCCUGCGUUGGAUUGAACCCAGCCCAGCUCCGUUGCUCCGUCGACUCUGGGAUGGUGGGGUCCUCACCCAGCCGGAGUACUUCUCCUUGCUGGAAACCAGUCCCAAGACAAACCAAGUCAUUGCGCUUCUGGACAGAGUCAGUGGGAAGCUGGAGGACAGCCAGAAAUUCCUGGAAGAGCUGAAAGAACUCAACGAGGUGUAUUGCCCUGAGCUACAGCAAUGGCUGCAGGAACACUGCCCUGAAGAAGAAAAACGAGAUGUGCCUCUGAUCCAGACAGAGCCUUUUCCCAGACCUUCCAAAAGAUCUUUCCUGAAAUUUUGGAAAUCAAAGAAAUACAAGUUUCCAACAACAUCUGCAGCUGCCCUCCAGAGCCACCGCCGCUCACUGCUGACUCGCACUGAGAAACUUUGCACCAAUGUAGAUGACACCGAGUCGUGUGGGCACAUCGAGAUCCGCUAUACUGACCUGCUGCUGUCUGACAACCCUUGCUCCGUCUCUGCUAGCCAUGACUACUUGGGCCUGGCUUCUCGCCGUGCGCGUCUUUACUCCUUCCACGGUCCUCGCCGUCUGGCUCUCUCUCAGCUGGUCUCCCCACUUCCGGAGGGGAGCUCCCCACCUCUCCGUGUGAUGCUGAGCGGUGCCGCUGGCAUCGGAAAGAGUGUGGCAGCUCAGAAGAUCCUCCACGAUUGGGCUCUGGGGGCAGCCUUCCAAAGUUGCCUUUGCGUCUUGGACUUCUCCUUCCGAGAGCUCAGCCUUGUCACAACGCCCCUCAGUCUUGAAGAUCUGAUCCGCAACAAGCACGCCCACUUGAGCGGAGUCCUUCCUGAGCUCCUUGAUCGGCCCGGGGAGCUCCUGCUGAUUUUGGAUGGCCUGGACGAGUUUAGGCAUUCACUAGAGAGCAAGAAUUCCUGUGUCCGUUCAGACCAACCAGCUCACAUCAAAGAUCUGGUGUACGGGCUUCUCUAUAGGACACUGCUGCCUGAGUCCACCAUUGUGGUCACAUCCAGACCUUCUGCAAGCCUUCCAGAAGAUCUCUUUGACCGCCAUGUCGUCAUUCUCGGCUUCCAAGAAGACCACGCGAAGGAAUAUUUCUUCCGUUUUUUCAGAGAUCCCAAGCGGGCCUCGGCUGUGUUUGGUUACAUCUCCGCCCAUGACAACUUAGCCAGCCUCAUUUUCAUUCCCCUCUACUGCUUCAUUCUUUGUACCGCUUUGGGGGAGUUUUUCUCAUGUGUUGGGGUGAAGGAAGCCUCUCCCCCCAGCACCAUUACUGAGGUCUACCGUCAGUAUCUCUGCACCAUCCUUCGGUUGCGCAAGCCACCAUCUGGAAGACCAAAUGAUGCUUUGGGAAGCACCAAAGACUUGGUCCUUCAGCUGGGCAAGUUUGCUUAUGCAGCCACUUUGAGAAACCAAGCCAUUUUUUAUGGAGAUGAGUUACAAAGUUUUGGGUUUGACCCAAAGAACCUGCCUGGUACUUUCUUGAACCGCAUCUUCUUCAAGGAGGAUCAAGUCUACGGGUUCUUCCACUUGACCAUACAGGAGUUCUUAGCUGCUUUGUAUGCUGUGAUCAUCUUGGAGCCCAGUGCUCAGGAGCUAACGAUGUGCCUGGAUCUCUGGUGGGAAGGCAGUGCUGAUGAAGAUGGAGGGGCAGACAGACACUUGUCUCUACCCGUUGGAUCCACUGAUGGACUUUUAGGUUACACUAGGGAGUUCUUGAGUGGACCCCAACAGUGGGACCACUUGCAAAUGUUCUCCAGGUUCUUUAUGGGCCUCUUGACCUCCAGGUUAGAGGGCAGGCUGAAAGAGUUGGCUGGGGGCCUGACGGGGGAUCCUCUUAUUCCCCUGGGUGACUGGCUGGGGAGGAAGGUCCAGUACGAAUCGGAUCGGAAGCUGCUGUCUUUGCUGCAUUGCCUGGCGGAGCUCCGCCAGGAUGCCGUGACUCAGAGGGCAGCUGCCAAGUUGGAUGAAGUGGAUUUGUUCAAGGUGACCUUGAACCCAGCAGACUGCGCAGCUCUGGCAUAUGUUUUAGGAUGCUCAGAGAAGAAGAUACUCCGGAACUUCAACAUCAGCUACAGCAAUUUGGGCAUCAGGGGAUUGAGGCGACUACAGGGGCUCCUCCAUCGGUGUGAAACAUUGCAGCUGCGAUACAAUUCUCUGGAUCAAGAGGCAGCAGCGAUAGAAGCGGGAAUACUGAGGUCCCCCCAGUGCUGGGUGAAACGUCUACUGUUUUGUGGGAACUGCUUAGGCUCUGAUGGGGUGAGGAGUUUAUGGGAUGCACUCCAGCAUAACGCCACUCUGGAAGAGCUCUACCUAGAUAUUACUGGCAUCACAGACAGUGGCCUGGAUAAUAUCCUAGAUUCGCUGACCAGCAACACCACGCUCCGGCUUUUGACCAUUGUGGGGAACCGGCUAAGCAAAGCGGGGAGAGAAGUCCUCUCUGAGCUCCGUCGCCGGAAACCGGAGCUCAAAAUCAUCAGCAGUUUCUUGUCCGACAUGGGGUUGCUCCAGGCUUAUCUGGACUGGGUGGAAGAGAUCAAAGCGGACCCGGAACAGAUGGAGUCAGUCAAAAACGCUGAUGCCCUUCGCUCGGUCCUGGAAGUUUUGGUGGACACUGACGAUCCGGGAGCCCGUCAAGACGCGCGUGAAAAAGCUGCGAAACUGAAGGCGCAGAUCACUGCCCUUCUCCUGAGGGAGAACAAAACAGAAGAAAAUGGGACUCUGGCUCCAUCUGACCUGUAAAUGGAGUCAAUUCCCGGGGAAAACAAAAGAAAACCGUCUUAGAAAUUCAGUUUGCCUUCAGAUGACCUUAUUUACACCUUUUUUUUUUUUUGAUAAGGUGACCCAUUCAAGCACAGAUCCUAGGUCACAGUAAUAUGCAGAUAGUGCCUUGUAAAGCCUGGUUGUUUUGCCCAUCUCAGCAAGAGUGGCAUUUUCUACAAGAACUUGAAAACGGCUCCUUCGUUUGGACUAUGGCUAACCAUGGUGGCUGAGGGAUUCUAGGGCUUGUAGUAGACCCAGCCAGAAGGAAAUGUUCACAAGUUCUGGUUCUGAUCCGCAGAAGGUCUCCAAAAUCUUAGGUGGAGGUCUUCCAUGUUUUUGGACCUUUUAAAUGGAUUUGCCACGGGAUAAAACCUGGAAUCUUAUGCAUGCACAGGAAUCAUGCAUAAAUUGAGUACAGUACUUCUGAACUGGGCAUGAAAGCUGGACAGAAAAGAAAGGUGACCUGUGGGAGAAAAAAUGGAUUUGUUUGAAAUGUG